UGAAGAGGAAAUUCUUCUAAUUUUCACUGGUCAUUGUUGGUGGAUUUUUCUCAGGUGGGGGCGAUAUAAAGUCCAACUACCUGGACUAGAUUUCAUGGAGUUCGUGCCCAUCUGGAUUCAGUGACUAGUGGAGAUUCGGGAAAUGAGUGAUUCUCUCGUGGGGAAUGGAUCGUUCAAAUGAAGUCACUCACGUUUUCUCGGAGAAUGAAUAUUCAAAUUUUGUUCUUGUUCACGGUCAUUGUGGUACUCUUGGAACUAGUGCAAUUACCGGAAGCGCGGAAAUACGUACGACCCUGGAAAUUUCAUAGUUCGAAGGCUCGAUGGCAUCCGUUUUCACGACUACCUUGGUAUCGAUUCAAGAGACCACGGAAAUAUCGCCGAUCGAAAUGUCAGUACUCGAGUCGGUAUGCGUCACAUCAUGUCGCUGAUGAGGAGCCUUAUACCAUAGAAAUUGAAUUACCAAAACAUCGCAGGGGUGGAAAGCAUCAACGCUAUUUGAAAAAAUGGGACAAGCGACAUCGGGAUUAUGAAGAUUCUGAGGAAGACUACGAGGAUGAAUCGGAUGUGAUUUUUAAGGAACGGGGAGUGAUGGGACAGUGGAUAAAUGGUGUCAACCCAAAGCUCCGGAUCAAGAUUUCUCGGGAUGAUAAUUUGGCUCUGCUCCCAUUCAUCGAUAUGAAGAACGUGACUCGAGUCGAUGGCGGUCUCCAAAACACAUACCACCAAGUAACACCAUUGACCCACCCAAAAGACAAUCACAGAGAAGGGAUUUCCGGGGCAGUGAAUUCCCCCGAAUUCUCCAGGUUUAAAAUUCAUAAGUCUCUUAUAGGAAAUAAAUAAGUGGAACCAAACAAAUUAACAUACUUAAAUAUCAAGUGCAAUGGAAUUUCAAAAUAAUAUCAAAUUUUCUGAAUUCCAGUCUAGAAAUUUCAAGUUAUGCUCAGCAAUAAAAUACCAAUAAAUAUAUCAUAAUGAAAAAUUGAGAUUGAAAAAAUGAAUUAAAGUGAGGAAAAUUGGAGUUGAGAUAGGCAAAAGGGCUGAUAGAAGGGCCUCACGUCAACGCUCUUUCUCGUUCCAUCAUUUUAUUUCUAACAUAAUAGUCAACGAACAUAUAAUAAUAGUAAUAAAUACUUAUCCUAUGUUUAUCACUUAAUAACAUACAGCGUGAAUGUUUUACUUCGUUUUGCUCGCAACGCACAUACUGUCUGCUUCUCUUUAUUCACAACAAUCGUCAACUCGAUCAUCCAUACACUCCCCUUUUUUAUCAUUCCUUCUAUUGCACAAGGGAAGAUAGCACGGGGAAAAAUAUACUCACGUCAAGUGGGGAAUGGCUUUUAUACUGCCAGAGAUAUGAGAUUUGUCGUUGUUGGUUUGGAAAAUGGGAAAUUCAUAUUUCUAGGAUACGAUGUUGCAUAAUAUGGGGAGGUUACUCUAGAGAUUUUAGUAUCUGGUAGACAUCACGUGUUACGCAAAUGUCACGUGUUUGUGGAUUCUGUGGUCUAUCAGGGCUCUUACUGCGUCAAUUUUAUUCAAUGGGAGAGGUUCUGAUGUUUUCGCUCCAAUUACUACUCCUGGUAAUUUAUGUCAUGAUAAUUAAAGGUAUAAUAAUAAAUGGAAAAUGGCUAGUUGACGUUACGUUUGAGGCAGUGAAUUUCCUUGAGGAAUUUCCAUAUUCAUUCUAAAAAUUUCACCUGUAUUCAUUAAUUUCUCUUCAACAUAAAUUCAUUAAUUAAUAAAUAGGGUUUACCGUGCAACAAAUAUAUUCAUGAAUGAAUAUAUUCAUUUUUCUCAAUCUAAAAUGGAUAGAAUACAUGGAUAUAUUAAUUCACCAUCCGUGAAUAUUUAUGAUUGCAAUGGAAAAUAGGAGACGAAUUAUUCUGAAAUGAUGCACAAGUUUCUCAUCCAAAAAAUAGAGUGCCAGACAUUCGGAAAAUAAAGGAUGUUAAAAGGGGAAUGAAGUAGACAUGUUCAGAAAUCUAUGAAAAAAUUGUACUGGCUGAUGCAUCCGGGUGGAAUCAGUGAUGCGUAAAUAAAUCAACUUUUAAAAUCGAACCCUCACGGAUAAAUUCAGUAUUUCCGUGAACAGGGUGUUGGUAUCGAGCCAAUAGUCGCAUACAUGUGCAUCGAGGAUAUUCAAUGACAUCACCAACGAGAUGAGAUGAAUCCACACGAUCAGGGGAUGAUAUUCAACGCUCAAUGAGCAUUGGAGGAGGUAAAAACAUUGAUAAAACGUGAUUUACAAGAGUUUAAAAUGUAAAUUUGUCGAGUAAAAAAAAAAUGGGGUUGACGUUACCAUUCAGAAGCCCUCUUUUCCCCCAUGAAGCCACAAUUAUCAAAAAUAUCGCACUUGCCUCGUUACCCUCCUGAGUUCCUUUGAUGUUUACUCAGGGUUUCCACGACUCACUGUACCGUAAAUAAUGUAAUUUGUCACGUGUGCAAAUGUUCGGGCGCAAGGUACGUGUGCUCAACGCUCUAUGUAAUGCAACAUGGUAGACGAGCAAUGUCAGUUCAUUCUCUCCCAUUAUUCCAGCCACGUAACGCCUGUAUAUUUUUUUUCCCCACCAUGUGUGUGUUUUAGUUACGAGGGAAUUUGUAACCCCUCCGAGGUCGUACCAACAACGACACACCCCGUCAAAUCCGACGUUAACUGUCAUCUUUAACAAGACAAGACUGACAAAGGAAAUAUCCAACUCCCAGGCUUCAUUGCAAAAGGUUAUUUUUUAUUUAUUCAAUCCCCAUUAUCUUUUCUUUCUCACUCUCGCUCUGACACUCAUUGGGACUUAUAUAAAACAUAGAAACAUACAAACAUACGUGAUUUAUCAUCUCUACUCGCUUUUUUGGGGGAUAAAUUGUCCUGUCGCAUAUUUCUGCCGAGGAAUGGGCGUUGACAUUCGAUUUUUGCAUUUUUUCAUUAUUUACUUCUGCGUCAGUUUAUGUCAAUUUUUAAAAUAAAAACAAGUAUGAUACAUAACGAUUUCAGUCGUGAGCACGAAAAAAAAUUAACAGGAAAAUUCACUCUGACAUUGUAAUUGUGAGUGUAGCGAAAGAUAUUGUAAUUUUUACUACAAUGUCAGGAUAAAAAUUAAUGAAAUGAGCCUCAGGGUAAAUUUCUCUGUAAUUCGCAUAUUUCCGGGGUAAUUUUUUGUAACAGCAUUUAAUCGAAGAUCUCAAUUGCGAAUACCCAAUUCCCCGCAUUCUCCCCUAAGGUAUUUCCGACUAUAAAUCGGAAAUCCUCGGAUUUCAUUAUCAUCCACCCCUACAAACUACUCUCCUCCUUUUCACGAAGCACUUAAAUCGCAGGCUUAUUUCGUUUUCAUUAAACUUAAGUUAACUACCUCGUUCUACUUCAUAACGAAGCACUUAUGUAUAAAUCCCAAAUAAACUCGUCUCAUUCAAUCGCAUUCAGAUCAAAUCGUUCGACCUCCAAAGGAAUAGCUCAACAGAUAACGGGAAAAAGGAACUCAUCGAUACUUGUUCACCGGAUUAACUCCGUCCUCGUCAAUAUACCUUUCAUUCUGUUUGAAUUUCGUUUAUUAAUUUAUCACAAUGAGUAUUUACCAUAAUAGCACUGCAUUACUCGGGCUUGUAGCUGAUUCACUAUAAUUAUUCAUUUAUUUUUUCAUGCAUGAACGCAACGUCCCAAUGUACGAUACUCAGAGAACAGAAAAUAAUGAGUAAGUAGAUAUUUGUCUGAUAAUGGCAGGAGUAAAACCACUUUCAAUUGAAUAAUUUGAUUGAAUUGAAUUUUUGUACCUGAAUAAUAAGAUGUGUCAAUGAAUUCUGAGUCUCAAAGAAAUAUAAUUAAUCAAAUUGAAGUAUAAUCGAUUUUUUUAACAGUCGAAUGAAUUUUUUUUGUAGAACUUGUUCGAGGAUAUCUUUUUCCAUCAGCCUAGGAUCCUCAGAGAAGGUGAUAUUUUUUGUAUAGUUGAUCGAGGACUUGUGGGAGUACAGGGCGAAUAAAAAAUUGUCUCGCAAUUGCCGACUCCUGAACCCUCCAUGA